UCUACAACAUACACCCAUUAACCGCUUGAGCACUUCGAAUGUCACAGUUGAAUAAUAAGAUUCAUAAUGUAUCCUUUAAUUAUUUUAAUAAUUUUCGCGGUAACAUGGGUUGGACAAUGUGCGACACCUGAAGUAUACGAGACCGAUAUGAACUUCAGGAUAGAACCAGGAGCGCGGACUUGUUUCUUCGAGAGGGGUGAAGCCGGCCAAAUAAUGGAAGCGAAAUACCAGGUUAUCGACGGCCAACACGGCGACUACGACAUCACUUUUAUAAUAAAAGACCCGGAUGGAGACGAGAUCGUGAACGACUACAAGAUGUCCCACAAUUCCAUUAUAAUGGAUCUGACGGUCAGCGGCGACUACGUAUUCUGUAUGGACAACACGCACAGUGUGAUGAAUUCCAAGUUAGUGUUCGUGUAUGUGUUGAUCGAGGAUAAGCCGUCGGAGUCGACGGAGGAAACGAAAGUUGACGAAGAUGACGGUAAAACUGAAGGUGAAGAGAAACAUGAGGAGGAGAUUCUGGAAUGGAUGGGGACGUUAGAGAACGGGGAGAACUAUUACGUGGAGGUGAGCGACAUAGCGGAGUCCCUGACGCGCACGCUGCGACACGUCGUCAAGGCGCGCCAUGCCCUCAACAUGUACAGCGCGCUCAAGUCCCGCGACAGCUACCUUGCCUUCGAAGACACCUUCAUCGUCGACGUGUGGUCAGCCUUCCAAAUAAGCUUCAUGUGCAUAGUGGGUCUGAUACAAGUGUGUUUGAUCAAGAAGUUGUUUAACAAACCCAGUCGCGCUAUCCACGGUUUUUAUUGAUUUUUAAUGCAUGACCAGAGAUAAAAGAACUUGACACGAGAGCGCAGCGAUCGCAUUUUUAAUGCGUGCAACGUGUUUUGCUACAGGACAAGAUAGUUAUUAUUUUAACGAUAAAAUUGCGAAAG